AUGAGUAACGAAGAUGUAACUAUAAUGGAAGUAGACGAGGCAGAACCUAAAGUUUCAAAACCAGUUGUGGGACCGAGUAAACCUGUUGGACUAUUACCAUGGAUAGAAAAAUACAGACCUCAGACUUUUGACGAUAUUGUAGGCAACGAGGACACAGUUUCAAGAUUAGCUGUAUUCGCCCGUACUGGUAACGCACCAAACAUCAUCAUUGCAGGACCACCGGGGGUGGGAAAAACAACUACGAUUUUGUGUCUAGCCCGGGCAUUACUAGGCUCUGCUUUUCGAGAUGCAGUACUUGAACUCAAUGCAUCUAAUGAUCGCGGUAUCGACGUUGUGCGUAACAAAAUCAAAAUGUUUGCCCAACAAAAGGUGACCUUGCCCCCUGGACGGCACAAGAUUGUGAUCCUGGAUGAGGCAGACAGCAUGACAGAGGGCGCUCAACAGGCGCUUCGUCGUACGAUGGAAUUGUAUGCUAGCACCACGCGAUUCGCCCUCGCGGCUAACAACAGCGAACGCAUCAUCGAGCCUAUCCAGUCGCGUUGUGCUGUGCUACGAUACUCGCGGCUAACUGACGCUCAGAUCCUUGCUAAGGUGAUAGAAGUGUGCAAGAAGGAGAACCUUUCAUACACGGAGGAGGGGGUGAAUGCUGUGGUGUUUACUGCGCAGGGAGAUUUGCGGGCGGCGCUCAACAAUCUGCAGGCGACAGCUCAGGCCGGCCGUCACGUGAGCCCCGACAACGUGUUCCGAGUGUGUGACGAGCCGCACCCUAUGCUGGUGCGUUCAAUGCUAGAGUCCUGCUCGCGCCAGGAUAUACAUGAAGCCUACAAGGUGAUAGCGAAGCUGGUGAAGCUGGGUUACGCGGCGGAGGACAUCGUGAGCAACAUCUUCCGGGUGUGCAAGACACUGGACGUGUCGGAGGACGUGAAGCUGGCGUUCAUCCGCGAGGUGGGCGCGACGCACAUGCGCGUGGCCGACGGGCUCAGCUCGCCGCUGCAGCUGGCGGCGCUGCUGGCGCGCAUGUGCCGCGCCGCAGCAGCCCUGGCUGCAGCCGAUCCACCCACCCAGCCUUAA